AUGUCAAGUCCUGACUAUACAGCCACGGCUAUAUUGACGGAACAUCUUGGGUUUCCACCGAUUUCUGUCAUUGAUGAUGUGAUCAAUGCGGUCAAUGAUAUCAUGUAUAAAUGUACACAAGCUAUGGAAACAUAUCUUGUAGAUAGGCAACAGAAAAGACAAGAAGAAUUAAGAAGUACUUCCAAAGCAUACGAAGAUGUUGAUAUGGAUCAAGACAUGAUUGCACAAGAAAUCCAGGUUGGUACUGCCAAAUUAGAAACAUUACUAGAGAAUGAAGUAUCUAAAAAUUUUGAUAAAUUUGAGCUUUAUUCACUUCGAAAUCUUUUCACAAUUCCACAUGAUUUAAUUGAAAAUGGAUGGUUUAAAUUAAAACAUCAUGAAGGGAUUCAAUUCAAUGAUCCAAAAUGGAGUAUUAAUGAAAAUAUCAAAUUAGAUACACAAAUUGAAACUUUAUUAAAAGAUAUUGAAAUUGAAUUACAAUUGAGGAAAAUCUUAAAACUUCAAAUUGUUCGUGCAACCAAAUUAAUUAAAACACUUGGGAAAUAUCGAGAAAUGUUUAAAUUUUUAAAAUCACCAAAUUCUUUAAAUGCGUCAAAUGCACUUAAAUCAGUUUCUCCAAUAUAUGAGAAUCUUUACUAUCUUUUAUCACAAACUGAUGAAUUAAUUCAGCUGGUUCAAAAAAUUCAAAUUAAAUUAGCACAAUCUUCAGAUAUUAAAUUCAUACCCACAUCAAGAGAAAGAUACAUCAAUAACAAGACAUUGAAGCUAUUGGACAGCAUUGGUGUGUUAGAGGAUGACCAACAACAGCAACAACAAGAAGAAGUGAAGCUUAGUGGCGUUACAAUAACUGAAGGGGAUUUAGAAAAUGUUAAACUGAUAACUAAUGUGUUGCAAAAAAUGUCAACCCCUUUAGAAAGUGAUGAAAUGACACAAACAUGA